CUUCCCCAUUUUCCUCUCCCAACCUCGGAAUUGCACCUCAUUCCCAAUCUCGGGUCAUUCCCCAAAUGCUGAUCACCUUCCAACGUUGUUCUUAAACCUCUCAAAGAGUUCUGCUGGGACAUUGAUCACAGAAUAAUGGUUAUCGCCAACAGGGUCGUCGCUGGGUUUGGUAUGAAAGAGAAUGACUACUCUAUCUUGCAUGGAUCUUGGGGUUUUGAACUCUUUCGGUUCACUGCCACAGUCCAGUCCCAUUGUCGGAUGCCGGUUCCGAUCGGCAUUCGAUAAUAUUGCCUUUGAAGCCUUCUACGAUCACCACCAAGGGAAACGUCGUCGUUCUCUGACUCGAUCAGCGGCGGCCGCUUCUUCUUCUUUUUCCUCUUCUUUUAGUUCAUGAACUUUGUUAAUUUGUUUCUCGCACACGCAAAAAGGUGUAUUUAAUUAACAAGUGUGUAAAUAUAGAUAUUUAAAAAGAAGUCGUCGUCGUGCUUGUGUUUCUAGUAGCUUUUUGGUGUACGUUCUGGUGAGGAAAUGAAUUCCGGGUCUGGUUUUGUAUCGCCGAAAUAUGCUGGUAAUCAUUAUGGUGUGUUUUCGACGGUGAAGCCUCCCGAAGAUGAGGUCGAUUAUGUAGAGAAGGACCCAACUAAUCGUUAUGUUCGGUACAAUGAAAUCUUGGGCAGGGGAGCCUUCAAGACUGUCUACAAGGCAUUUGAUGAAGUAGAUGGAAUAGAAGUUGCUUGGAACCAAGUGAGGAUUGAUGCUGUCUUGCGUUCACCGGAUGAUUUGGCAAAAUUGUACUCUGAAGUCCAUUUGCUGAAAUCACUGAAACAUGAUAAUAUUAUCAAGUUCUAUAAUUCCUGGGUGGAUGAUCAGAAAAAUACUAUUAACAUGAUUACCGAACUCUUCACAUCUGGAAAUUUAAGGCAAUAUCGUAAGAAGCAUAAAAAUGUUGAUACGAAGGCCAUAAGGAAUUGGGCAAGGCAGAUUCUCCGAGGUUUAGUCUAUCUCCAUGGCCAGAACCCGCCUAUUAUUCAUAGGGACUUAAAAUGUGACAAUAUUUUUAUCAAUGGGAACCAUGGAGAAGUUAAAAUUGGAGACCUGGGGUUAGCAACUGUUAUGCAACAGGCUACUGCUCGAAGUGUGAUUGGGACGCCUGAGUUUAUGGCUCCAGAACUCUAUGAUGAGGAAUAUAAUGAACUCAUUGACGUGUAUUCGUUUGGGAUGUGCAUGCUAGAGAUGGUUACUUUUGAAUAUCCAUAUAGUGAAUGCAAAAGUCCUGCUCAGAUUUUUAAGAAGGUUACCUCAGGUGUUAAACCUGCAGCGCUUGGUAAGGUGCGUGACCCCCAAAUUAAAAAGUUCAUUGAGAAAUGUCUGGUUCCAGUGUCUCAGAGAUCUUCUGCAAAGGAGCUGCUUAAAGAUCCAUUCCUUCAAGUUGGGAACCCGAGGGAACCAAUGCGUGAUCCCUUAAAGUUACCUAACCAAAAUCUCAAAGCAUUGAACUUACCCAAGUCUGGAUCAUUUUCCAUGGACAUAGAUAGUGAUUAUAAGCAGCUCUCAAUAAGCACAUGUACAGGAAGCAACCAUGGAAGUCCACGAGUUUUGGAAUUUCAAAGGAAAAGUAAGAACAAUGAGUUUAGGUUAAGGGGGACAAAAAAUGAUGAAAACUCAGUAUCUUUGACCUUGCGUAUUGCUGAUGCAUGUGGUAAGGUGAAGAACAUAGAUUUUCUCUUUUACCUUGAUACUGAUACUGCCGUCUCUCUGGCGGCUGAGAUGGUUGAACAUCUUGAGUUAGCAGAUCAUGAUGUGGCCUUCAUUGCUGAAUUUAUUGAUUACUUGAUAAUGAAACUCGUACCUCGUUGGAAGCCAUUAUCUGAUAAUUCCUCAAGCGAACUUACUUAUGGUGGAUCCGAUUUCCUUGAUGGUAAAUCCUCAGUGGCAUGCCCGUGGGGUUCACCAUUAUCUGGUUUUCUUGCUGGUUCAAUGGUUGAGCGAGCUUGUAGCGCCUGGAUAAAUCCUGAUACAAUUAGUUUUAAUGGUGGCAUUGCUUCUUAUCCAAGCUUUACUGAAUUUGCCGACGAGCAUUCAAAAACAUCAGUUGCUUCUGUGUUUCUGGCCGAUGAUGCUUCCAGCAAUAUCAGUAGAGCAGCUGAAUCCGUUCAUUGCAAUAUUGUACAUCCUAUGCAUUCCUUUGUUGAUGACAGAAGCUUGCAAGGAAAUUACUCCAGCAAUGCAGGCCAAGAGUUUCCAAAGAACAUAGAGGUGCCAUCACUUGAUCAGAAAGUAUCUAAUGAAAUGAGCUUGUCAAGCAGCUGUUCAUCGGUUUCUUUGGCAGCUGAUCUGGAUGUUGAGCUGAAGUUGGAACUCGAUACUAUUGAGACACAAUACCAGCACUGGUUUCAGGAGCUUUCUAGGAUGAGGGAGAAAGCACUUGAAGGGACCAGAAAGAAAUGGAUAGAAAAGCAGAAACUUGUUGUUCACUAAUUAAGACCAUUUGUUAUGUUUUCCCUUGUUUGAUGAUACCGUUGAGGUGUUUAUACUGUUUGCUGGUAAUCUAUAUAAGGGUUGACAUAAUUUGCCCUAUGUAUUGGAUGCGGCUCACCUUUUCUGAAGUCGUGAUCCUUCUGUUGCUAAGUUUUGUGCUCACUUUCCUGUUUGCUUUUGUUUGUUGAGUGUAAAUAACUUCUUGAAUCUGUAAAGCGUACAAUCUACUGCUGAUUCAUGAUCAAUAUAUAAACAUAUUGCAUGAGGUUGGAAAUUGUGAGGAA